GGGCGCCGCCGGCGCAGUGCCUCUCUGGGCCCCGCGGCGAGCACACGUCUCGCACCCUCGACACGAUACGUCACCCCACGCGACAGUUAGCGCGGCGCGCGAGUGGGCUCCGAGCCAGUGCUGGUGCAGACAGUGCAGUGCAGUGUGGUUGCUGGCGACCAGGCGCGGCAUGCGGGCGCGCACCCGGCGCCGGCGCCCUGCGCCUCGCUGACCUCAUGCGCCCGCGCACCUCGCGGCACGCGCCGCUGCUGCUCGCCCUCGCCCUCGCCUGCUUGCUGCAACGCGCGGCGGGGGCGGGCGUGUUCGAGCUGCAGAUCCUCGAGUUCUCCAACUAUCGGCUGCAGCUGGCGUCGGGCAACUGCUGCGGCGGCGGCGGCGCGCCAGCGGCGGGGGCGGGCGGCGUGUGCGCGCGCGCCUGCCGCACGCGCUUCGCGCUGUGCCUCAAGGAGUACCAGUCGGCGGCAGCGCCGGGCGCGUGCUCGUUCGGCCGCGCCGCCUCGCCCGUGCUGGGCACCGACUCCUUCAGGCUGUCCGACCCGCUCUACACACUGGCGCUGCCCUUCUCUUUCCGCUGGACCCGCUCUUUCACUCUGAUCCUGCAAGCCUACGACGACUACAACUACACUGACCCCGAGGAGACGGGGCUGAUCGAGGAGGCGUGGUGGUCGGGCAUCGUGGAGCCGGGCGCGGAGUGGCACGCGCUGCGGCACGCGGGCGCCGCCGCCGCGCUCGCCUACCGCGUGCGCGUGCUGUGCCAGCCCAACUACUACAACACCACCUGCACCACCUUCUGCCGCGCGCGCGACGACAAGUUCGGCCACUACGCGUGCUCGCCCGCGGGCGACAAGCGCUGCCUGCCCGGCUGGCAGGGCGACAACUGCGAGAAACCGGUGUGUAAGGACGGUUGCCAUCCACAACAUGGGCGCUGCGACAAACCUGGAGAAUGCCUGUGCCGGCCGGGCUGGCGGGGCGAGCUGUGCGCGCAGUGCCAGCCCUACCCGGGCUGCAAGCACGGCUACUGCAACGGCUCCUCGUGGGACUGCACCUGCGACACCAACUGGGGCGGCAUCCUCUGCGACCAAGACUUGAACUACUGCGGGACCCACGAGCCGUGCCAGAACGGCGGCACGUGCGAGAACACGGCGCCGGACCAGUACCUGUGCACGUGCGCGGAGGGCUUCUCGGGCGCGGACUGCGAGCGCGUGGACAACCCGUGCGCGCCGCAGCCCUGCGCGCACGGCGCCUGCUCGCUCGCCGCCGCGCCCGCCGGCUUCAGCUGCGCGUGCGAGCGCGGCUGGGGCGGCCCGCUGUGCGACGUCGACGUGGACGACUGCGCCUCGGCGCCCUGCCGCAACGGCGCGCUCUGCCGCGACCGCCUCGACGCCUUCCACUGCGACUGCGCGCCCGGCUGGAAGGGGCCCACCUGCACUGAAGACGUGGAUGAAUGCACCGAGAUCACGGGAGGGCCGGAAGGUUCGCUGGGCCCGUGCGUGAACGCGGCGGCGUGCAACAACACCGGCGGCGGCUACGCGUGCGCCUGCCUGGCGGGCUGGACCGGCCGCGACUGCGACCAAAACGUGGACGACUGCACGGGCCAGUGCCUCAACGGCGCCACGUGCAUCGACCUCGUCGACGACUUCCACUGCGCGUGCGCGGCGGGCUACGCGGGCCGCACGUGCGCGCGCGACGUGGACGACUGCGCCUCCCGCCCGUGCCGCCACGGCGGCGAGUGCGUCGACUUGCUGGACGCUUACCGCUGCAUCUGCCCCGUCGGCUUCUCCGGCACUGACUGCGAGGACGACCGCGACCACUGCGCGGGGGCGCCGUGCGCGAACGGCGCGCCGUGCUACACCGCGCAGAGCGACUACUACUGCCACUGCGCGCCGGGCUGGGCCGGCAAGAACUGCACGCAGCGAGCCGCAAGAGAACAAAUAGAUGAAUGUGUGCCAAAUCCUUGCCAUAACAACGGAACCUGCACGAGCGGCGCCGCGGGCUACACCUGCGCCUGCCGCGACGGUUGGACCGGUGAGACGUGUUCUGUGCUGGACGAGCCGCACUGCGAGGUGCCGUGCGCCAACGGCGGUACGUGCGCGCGAGCUUCCCCGCCUCCCGCGCCGCCCGCACCCCUCGCACCCCACGCACCAUCCGCGCCCGCGCGCUGCGUGUGCGCGCCCGGCUGGGCCGGCGCCGCCUGCGACGUGCCCAUCGCCCCACCGGUGGUUCCCGUAGCAGCGGUGACGGCAGCGGCGCCAGGCAGCUGCUCCUGCCUCCACGGCGGCACGUGCGUGUCGGUGGGCGGCGCGUGGGCGUGCGCCUGCCGCGCGGGCUGGGGCGGCGCGCACUGCGAGCGCGCCGCAGACGGCUGCGCGUCCAGCCCGUGCCGCCACGGCCGCUGCGUGGGCGGCGCGGGCUGGUGGGCUUGCGAGUGCGCGCCGGGCUGGGCCGGGCCCGAUUGCGCGGCGCCGGCCUGCGACCCGCCUUGUCCCGCACCGGCCGUCUGCUCCGCUGCCGCGCCCGCUGCGCGUUGCGUAUGCCCGCCGCCGCCCGCUAGACUUGCGAGGCGCUGUCUCGAGUUAAUAGCCGGCUUAGGUGAAGAGAGUGGUGACAUCGCCGGUGCAUCAGACAGCGGUCUCGAGGGCUUUGAGAGCAAUGUGGAAGCAGCGGCGGUGGCGGGCACGAGCGGGGCGUGCAUCGACAACGGCACGUGGUGGUGGGGCUGCAACGCGUGUCGGUGCGUGGCCGGCGCGCCCGUGUGCACGCGCCUGUGGUGCGGCCUGGCGGACUGCCUAGCGCCCGCCGCUUUGCCGUGCCACGCGGAUGAGGUGUGCGUACCGGCAGCGCCGUCGCUGUGCCUGCGCGGGCCGUGCGCGCCGCUGGGCGAGUGCCGGCGCGUGGCGGGACGACGCGUGGAGCCGCCCGCGCUGCCCGCGCCGGCCGCGUGCUGGCCCGGCGCGCGGGGCUCCCCGCCGCCCGGAUGUGCGCGCGCCGAGCUGCGCCUGGCCCGCGAGCGGCUCGCCCGCGGCGCGCACGUGGAGCGCGCGUGCGCGGCGCUGAGGCGCGCGCUCGCCGCCGCGCUGGCUGACCGCGAGCCGCCCGCGCCACCGCUCACUCUGCUCUGUGAUCUCGCUCCCGAUGAUGACGACGCCCUCGAUCUUGCCCUCUGGGCAGGUGAGGAAGAAAGCACCGAAGGCCCAACGGGCGAGGAGACCAGCGCUCUCGCGAGCGCAGUGCGGGCGCUCAGCGAGCUCGUGGCACGGCGGCGCAUGGCGCAGCACGCACUGCUCGGCGCCGCGCUGCGCCUGCGCGUGUCGCCCGGUGUCGAGCCGCCCGCCGCCGGCCCCAGCGCGCCGCCUGACCCGCCCGCUAGCUCCGGAACCAUGCUGGCGCUGGCCGCCACGCUACCUUUGCUGUUGUUGGGCGGCGGCGCGGCGGCGGCCUUGCUCGUGCGCCGCCGUCGUGCCGCCGCCGCCGCAGAGCGCAUGCGCCGCCACGACGAGGAGAAGUCAAACAACCUGCAGAACGAAGAGAACCUGAGGCGGUACGCGAACCCGCUUCGCGAGGAGCGCGCGCGCGACGCCGACGAGCUGCCGCGCGCGCACUCGCUGUACAAGGCGCAGAACGCAGACGCUCGCAACAACACGCCGCCGCGCGACAAGGAGCUGACGAAGCGCGCGCUCCCACCGCCGGAACCGCCGCCUGCGCGCCACCCGCCGCCCGAGC